UUUUUUUUCUUCCCUUUUUCCCCUCAUUGCGCAUGGCGGGCUCCUUUCCCUCUUUUCCCCGUUACGGCCUAAGAGGUCUAGAAGCCCAGAGGCCUUAUUAGAUACCUGACGCAACUACAACACUACAACACUACAACACUACAACACUGAAAUCUUUAUCAAUGCUAUGUACAGUACUAACCUAGUUACUACUAAUGUACCUUAUUAGCUACCUUAUCUACCCUACAUGUAGGUAGCAGGUAGAAAUCUUACUAGCUCUCCCCAAAGCUGCAUAGUCGCCAACUCAUCGGCUUACCUGAACGAGAUAGUCGUCGUCAAGCUCUGCUCGUGUACCUGAACUGAUCUACUGUGCAAACGCCAUUCCCGUCUUCUUCCUUAUUGUCACAUACUCCCUGUCACAUCCGUCACAUUCUGUCACUCUGUUUCCUCUUGCAAGUGUCUCUCUCGGUGUUUUGUUGAAAGCUAGUUCGCCCACCCGCCUUUUAACCUCCCACAAACACAAUAUCACAACUUAUUAUAGAGCCUGUUAUAAUAUCUUUCUUUUGGCCGAUAACUAGAUACUAGAUACUAGAUACUAGGUACCUAGGUAGCUGAGGGCUAAGUAAUCUGCAAAUAUGGUUGUAGUCGACAACUACGAGUACCUCACCGAGGAAGAGAAACGCCUCAGGGAGGAUAGCAACCGAAGUAAAUAUUGGAAGAAAUGGGGUCCUUAUGUCGCUGAAAGGCAAUGGGCUACAGUACGAGAGGAUUAUAGCGCAGAUGGCGAUGCUUGGAGUCAUUUCACACACGACGACGCACGAUCUCGAGCAUUUCGUUGGGGUGAAGAUGGUAUUGCUGGAGUAUCAGACACUCAUGGGCUGCAGAACAUCGCCUUUGCUUUUUGGAACGAACAAGACCCAUUCCUCAAAGAGCGGCUUUUCGGCCUGGCAAACCCUCAGGGGAAUCAUGGUGAAAGUAUCAAAGAAGCACAUUUCCACGUUGAUAACACUCCUCAUUCCUACAUGAAGUACCUCUACAAAUAUCCACAGAAAGCCUUCCCAUACAAGGAUCUUUUAGAGACGAACGCAAAAAGGUCGAAGAUUGAGCAAGAGUAUCAACUCAUCGACACUGGCAUAUUUGACGAGGAUAGGUACUGGGAUAUCGUAAUUGAGACGGCCAAGGAAGCAGAUGAUCCUGAUGAAUUGCUCUUCCGGAUUACAGCGUGGAACCGAGGCCCGGAUCCAGCUCCUCUUCAUAUCAUUCCCCACGUCUGGUUUCGAAAUACCUGGGCCUGGGGAAGGGAGCCAGAGGAUAAGAAGCCCGCUAUCUCCGAAUAUGCGGAGGGUAUGGCUAAGUCGAAGCACCAUAAAUUAGGUGAUCGAUAUGUGCUAUUAUCACCUUCUCCGGGUGUUGGAGUCAGUGGUGAGGAUGUUCAGCCAGAACUCAUCUUUACCGACAAUGACACCAACUACGAACUGCUCUAUGACGGAGAGAACAAGGUCCCGUAUGUCAAGGACGCAUUCCAUCAGUAUAUCGUCGACAGCAAGAAGGAAGCGGUGAACCCAGCAAAGACUGGCACCAAGUGUGCCGCUUGGUUCCAAUUCAACGAGUCAGGGGGCGUUGCCCCCGGCGAAUGCGCUGUUGUUCGUUUCCGAUUCUCGAGAAAGGACGAGCAAUACCUCGAUGAAGAGGUUUUCGAUGAGGUAAUCGAAAAGAGACGCGAGGAAGCAGAUGACUUUUAUUAUAGAAUCAGCCCCCUGCCAAUGUCCGAUGAUCUUCGUAAUAUCCAACGCCAGGCCUUCUCGGGCAUGAUGUGGUGCAAGCAAUACUACCAGUUCAUCUGGGACCAGUGGGCAAAUGGCGACCCUGCCCAACCACCUCCCCCCCCUGAGAGGAAGGCCAUCAGAAACGCACAAUGGAAACAUUUAUACAUUGAUGACAUUCUAUCUAUGCCUGACUCUUGGGAGUAUCCCUUCUUCGCCGCCUGGGACUCCGCCUUUCACUGUAUCCCACUUGCCAUGAUCGAUCCAGAUUUUGCAAAGAAGCAGAUAGACCUUUUCACUAGAGAAUGGUACUGCCAUCCAAAUGGCCAACUUCCUGCAUACGAAUGGAACUUUGGUGAUGUUAACCCACCAGUUCAUGCGUGGGCUACUUUCCGAGUGUUCAAGAUUGAGCGUAAGAUGUAUGGAAGGCAAGACAUUGAUUUCCUAGAGAGAGUCUUUCAGAAAUUACUGAUGAACUUUACCUGGUGGGUUAAUCGAAAGGACAUGGAUGGAAAGAAUGUCUUCGAAGGAGGUUUCCUUGGACUGGACAAUAUUGGCCUCUUCAACCGCUCUGAGCCUCUUCCUACUGGAGGUGUUCUUGAACAGGCUGACAGUACAGGGUGGAUGGCGUUUUAUUCGCUAUGCAUGCUGAACAUCGCCCUUGAGUUGGCUAAACAUCGCCGGAUUUAUGAGGAUAUCGCCACGAAAUUCUUCGAGCAUUUUAUCUUUAUCAGUGAUGCUAUGACCUUCAAGUCCGGCGACAAGGAUGAAAAGUCACUGUGGAAUGACGAGGAUGGUUUCUACUACGAUGCCAUCUCCUGGGGUGGCCCAUGGAUUCAACAACUUCCUGUAAGGUCGCUUGUAGGGCUGAUCCCGCUCUACGCAACCCUUACUUUGGAGCCAGAACUCAUCAACAAGCUGCCGUCCUUCAAGAAGCGGGUAGAUUGGUUUGUAGAGAACCGAUGUGACUUGGCAGAGAGGAACAUGGCGAGUAUUCGGAAGAGAGGCAAGGGUAACCGUAUCCUCCUUUCCAUGGUGAGCAAGGAUCGUCUAGAGAAGAUCUUGAAGCGCAUGCUUGAUGAAGACGAGUUCUUCAGUGAGCAUGGUAUUCGGUCGCUUUCAAGAUACCACAAAGACAAUCCGUACUCGAUGGAAGUCAAUGAACAAACGUUCACAGUGGGGUAUGUGCCAGGAGACUCAGACAGUGGGUUGUUCGGUGGCAACAGCAACUGGAGGGGCCCUAUUUGGCUAUGUGUCAAUUUCCUCCUGGUGGAAUCUCUGCAGCGAUUCUAUCUAUUCUAUGGACCUAGCUUCCAAGUUGAAUGUCCUACUGGAUCUGGAGAAUACAUGCAUCUUGGACACGUCUCUGAGGAGAUCCAACAUCGAUUGCAACACUUAUUUGCCAGAGGCGACGAUGGACGUCGGAGUAUUAAUGCUGGAAGCGAUUUGCUUGACUUUGACCCCCACUGGAAAGAUAAUAUGUGGUUCCACGAGUUCUUUGAUGGCGACACUGGUCGUGGCUUGGGAGCGACCCAUCAAUGCGGCUGGACGGGUCUGAUCGCUCGGAUGAUCCACGAUACGGGCAUCAGCUGCCGCCUCCCACAGACUCCACGCACACCAUCUGUAGGCAUGGCGCAUUACUUCGAUGAUAUCUUCCACCGCAAUAUCAACAUAACCAACUCCGCCAAACCACACAAGGGGCAUAUGCGGCGGUCAUCUACAGCACGGUCUAUCAGUGCACGUAGCGACUUUGACGCAUCUGUCAAUGGCGACGACUUCGACACUCGGAGCGUUGCACCAGAUGACCCUGAACGCGAGGCCUUGCGAAAGGAAGCAGACAGCCACUUGCAUCAGUACAUCUCGGAACAACUACAGAGAGUUAAAGACCAUGACGAAUUCGCCGAUGGCGAUGAAUACGAAACUCACUUAUAGAUGGGAGCUAUACCGGAAAGACCAGGGGUCUAGAAGGGUAAAAUAAGACUCGCGUGAGUAUAUGAGGAGAACAGGCUUAGGUAGAGCAUACGCAUACAUAGGCUGCAUGAAUACUAGAUGGGAAACAAGCUGGUAUACGGUGAGAUGAUAGUCUUAAUAUGAAGUCUUUACACAAUCGA